GCAGGUUUCUGUACCUAGAUUGGACCACGACAACACAGACUACGCUUAGCUCACGGUGUGUCUACCUUCGACAAGCGUUCAUUUUGCAUUGAGAAUUGACGCUGAAAGUAUAGAAUUUGAUUCAUGUCAAACAAGAACUCGCGCCACACAUCUCCAUCAUCUUCUGCUGCACAUCAUGGUCCCAAACUUCCCAAGUUCCUGCACAAACCGUCCAGUCGAGAUAGGUCAAAAUCUGGAAGUGAUCCGAUUAGUGGCCAGGACGGGGACAGUCCCACUUCGACCUCCUCAGCAGAACCCGCUCCUGUUCCUUCGUCGUCGAAACAUUCCCACCAUUCGAGAAAGUCAGGCAAAUUUCUGAGCAGUGGAAAGGAGAGGGAGAGGGAGAAGGAACCAGUGCCUGGGAUACCUUUGGCCGUCGAACGGGAGGAAACACCAGUCAUUGUUGAACCAAUGAACAUACCACGCUCCCGGACACUCUCAGAUAUGCAGUAUAACGGUGCCUCGCUUUACGCCCCGAGCUCUCCUUCAUCGUCCCGAAUGAGUGACCUUCCCACCCGGCUAUCAGGCUGGUUUUCGCACACUUUCAAUUCUUCUUCAACUACCGAUCUUUCCCUACCUACAAUUCUUUCUCAUCAUUCCACUCCCAAUACUGGCGCUCCUGGAACAUCUCCCCCGAACAAGCUCUCUGGCACCGCCGCUUUGCUCAAUGUAGCAAAGCAUGGGAAAGGCCACAUUGACAAAGCUAUGCGCUACCUCCUCGAUAGCGAUGCCACUCCUGAUAAAUGUACCGACGUCAUCUGGCUACUGGGCGUCCAACAUCCGGGCUAUGAGCCACCACCACCACCUUCAUACCCAGCACCGUCGGCAGGUGGGCGGCGUAGCUCAAUCGACUCCCGCCGCCAUUCUCCCUCUGUUCGUUCUUCAACAUCAUCCAGUUCAUCUCUUGAUGUCUCCCUUACUGCUUCGCAACCUGCCAAGCAUCCCGGCGCUCAUUGGCCUCCGGUUUUCUAUGCUGAUUUCACUUCCCGAGUUUGGUUGACAUACCGCUCGCACUUUACCCCGAUAAGAGACGGGCGCCUCGGCGACCUUAGCGUUGAGUACAAUUCAUACCAAUCAGACUCUAGCGCCAGUAGCCCUACGGCGACGGUGAAAAAGUGGAAUUGGGGAUCUAUGGUGGGCGGGGAGAAGGGUUGGACGAGUGACUCUGGUUGGGGUUGCAUGUUACGGACCGGCCAAAGUUUGUUGGCUAAUGCUCUGGUUCAUCUUCAUUUGGGACGCGAUUGGCGGAGACCGCCGCAUCCAGUACACACAGCGGACUAUGCGACCUACGUGCAGAUCGUGACAUGGUUCUUGGAUACGCCUGCUCCUGAAGCUCCUUUCAGUGUUCAUCGAAUGGCGUUGGCAGGUAAGGAAUUGGGGAAGGAUGUUGGACAGUGGUUCGGUCCCAGUACUGCUGCCGGUGCCAUCAAGGCUUUAGUCCGGGCGUUUCCAGAAUCGGGAAUGGGCGUGUCUGUGGGGACCGAUGGAGUGCUUUUCCAAAGUGAUGUAUUUCAGGCAUCGUACAGCUCACGUCAGAGAUACCACCAUGGGAAGCCUCCUGCACAGUGGGGAGACAGGCCUGUUUUACUUCUAUUGGGUAUACGACUCGGAUUGGAUGGGGUUAAUCCUAUUUAUUAUGAUACCAUAAAAUUACUCUAUACUUUCCCCCAGUCCGUCGGCAUUGCCGGUGGCCGUCCGAGUUCGUCAUACUAUUUCGUGGGCUCACAGGCCGAUAACCUGUUUUAUCUGGACCCUCAUCAUGCGAGGCCGGCUAUCCCUCUGAGGUUGCCUACAGAAGCUAGUUCACCGGACAUUGAAGCAGAUCAUCGGAAGAGAGCCAAGAGGGGAUCAUCGUCAACAGGGUCGUCAGCGGGCCACCAACGUGCGCCUACGUCACCUUCCUCGUCGAUUCGCACCGGAUCCUCGACAUUUUCUUAUCAUGCGCCGACCUCCCCAUCACCUUUGCAGCAUCAGUUCUCGGAGUCUGGAUCGUCGUCGUCGUCGUCGAACCAGUACCAAAGUCUGUCCGAAAUCGACCAGAGUGAAAACACGACAGAAGGGAAUUUGGACCGACUGCAAGAGCAUUUUGUGAACGCCUACAGCGCCGCGGAGCUGAAGACGUUCCACUGCGAGCGUGUCCGGAAGAUGCCAUUAAGUGGGCUGGACCCGAGCAUGUUGAUAGGCUUCUUGUGCAGAGAUGAGGCUGAUUGGAUCGACUUUAGAAGCCGAGUGGGUAAUCUACCUCGUACGAUAUUUGCUGUGCAAGAUGAGCCACCGACAUGGCCCUCUGAUUCCGAUGAUAACAUGGGACUGGAGAGUAUCUCCGAUCCGGAUGAUUUGGACAUGGACAUGGAGGAGGAGGGUGAGGAUGAGGACCGGGAGCUGGACACCCGGUCCGCUUCGACCUCCAGUGCACAUCUCAGUAGUGCCUCGACCUCGAGAACUAAGAGCGAAGAGCUGGAUACUGAAGAGGAUCCUGUUGAUCCAAUAACGCCUGGUCCAGGGUCCAAGUUUGAGUUACCUGAUCCCCCGGGUUCAAUUAAGCUGCAUGAACGGCCCAAGGCGGAGGAGGGCGGUGCGUUUGUUGAAGCACUUGAUGACAUGGAGGAUGACGAGGAGUGGGUGGAUCCUGUGCUUACGCCGACAGCCAUGCCCCCGCCUCCUCCUCCUCCAGCAAAGAAGAAGAAGGGGAAGAAGAAACAGGUUCCUGUACCUGUUCCGAUGGUGAACUUUCCGUCGGCGCCUGGUGGGGAGGAAGGUGGACGGGGGGAUGUUUCGCAUGAACGGCAGAGGAGGCAGUCGAUGGGCCUGAGCUUGAAGAUGAACAACAGUCGGGGAAGAGAUGGGGGGAGGACUCAGAGUGGCGGGGUGAAAGGUGUGUUAACAGGGGAUUAG